UAUCCAAGACGCGAACAGUUGUACAGAUUCCCAUAUUCAAGAUGGACGCCGUUCAGCCGGAGUCCCUCUUGGAGUAUGUUUUAAUAGAGUACCGCUGGCUUGUGGUCAUCACCACGUUGAUGCCGCUCUCCUUCGCCUGGAAGAUCUGGUCGACCGUCAGAAACUACGUAGUGUUCAGAUUAAACAGCGCUCCGAAGGCUCACGAGCGGAAAGUCAAGGAGAUUCAAAGACAGAUAAAAGAAUGGCUGGCGGGCGAUCGUACCACGCAUCUUUGCACCGCACGGCCUACGUGGCAGACCAUAUCUUUCCGUCAGGGUAUCUACAAGAGGAACUUUACCAACAUUGACAUCAACCUGGUCGAUGUGCUGGAAGUUAAUAAGGAGAGUAUGACAGUCCGCUGUGAGCCGCUAGUCACCAUGGGCCAGUUGUCAAGAACCCUGGCGACAUUCGGCUUGGCACCUGCAGUAGUGCCUGAAUUGGACCAGCUCACGGUCGGGGGGCUAGUGAUGGGCACGGGGGUGGAGACCUCCUCGCACGUCUACGGCCUCUUCCAGCACAUCUGCCUGCAAUACGAACUGGUGCUGGCUGAUGGCUCUCUUGUGACAUGCAACGAUGUUUUGAACCCUGGUCUUUUUUACGCUAUACCAUGGUCAUACGGUACGUUGGGAUUUUUGACAUCUGUGCUGAUUAAAGUCGUGCCAGCUAAAAAAUACGUACGUCUAGAAUACCAUCCAUAUACGAGUUUACCAGAGCUAGGGAAUCGGUUCAGAGAGGAGUCGCUUAAACAAGAUCCACAUCAGUUCGUCGAAGCAUUGCUGUUUACUAGAGACACUGGUGUUGUGAUGACGGGUGACAUGGUUGAAGAAGUGGGUGAUGACGGAAAGUUGAACCGCAUCGGCAAGUGGUAUUCCGAAUGGUUUUUUAAGCAAGUGGAGAGAUACCUCAAUAGAUAUAGAAGCGGAAGUCAGAAGACUCCCGUAGAGUACAUACCAUUGAGGGAUUACUACCACAGACACACGCGUAGCUUCUUUUGGGAACUCCAGGACAUUAUUCCCUUUGGCAACAACCCCAUAUUCCGCUACCUGUUCGGAUGGCUGAUGCCACCCGAGAUCUCCCUGCUCAAACUGACGCAACCUGAGGCUGUUACUAACUUGUACAACAAGGCGCACGUCAUCCAAGACAUGUUGGUGCCCAUCGAAACUUUGGAAGAAGCUGUUCAGACUUUCCAUAAGGAGUUUGAGGUGUAUCCUAUAUGGUUGUGUCCUUUCAAAGUCUUCAACAACCCCGGCCAGCUAAAAGUUCAAGAUGAGUCUAAAAAAUGGCAGAUGUUCGUGGACAUCGGCGUUUAUGGUGUUCCCAAAGCCAAGGGAUUCGAAACGGAACCAUCGACUCGACGGAUAGAGAAGUUUGUAACAGAAACGCACGGCUUCCAAAUGCUGUACGCGGAUACAUACACGACUCAGGAAGAGUUCAGAAAUAUGUUUGACCAUACUCUCUACGACAAACUGAGGGAGACGUUGCCUUACUGUUUAUCGUCGGACGAAAUAGCAGAUAUCACAGAAACUUGCUGCAGGCACGGGGAAUCCUUUGCGGUUGCGUCCACCUCAAAGUCCUGCUCCAACAUCGAUGUGCCCGAUGACACCGAGCCGGAAGAGACAGAUAUAUGCCUGUCUGCGGGGAAGAGCUGUUGCCAGAAGCAAAUGGAGCAGAAAGAAGAAUGCGCUACUGGUAUGACGUUGGCCCUCCUCAAACGAUGCAUGUCACCAAACAGCGAGAUUGGAAAGAUGUGUUGCGAUGAAUGCACGUUUGGGCGAAUAGCUGGUGAGUCCCAGGGCUUGGCUGGAUGUGGAAGUCCAUCAGAAGACUACUACAGUCCCGACAGUGCGUUAAGGAAAAAUGCGUAUUACCAGUGCUGUAAGGAUGCUGCAGAAACAGAAACAACGACAGAAAUAAAAGCUGAAACAACAACGACAGAGAAGCCGAGAGAAAAAUGUAAGGCGAAUUCUUGUGAGCAUAUUUGUACAGACGAAGAUGGCAAGGUCCAAUGCCAGUGCCGGACAGGUUUUAAGCUGCAAGCAGAUCAUAAGUCUUGUAAAGAUAUAAAUGAAUGUGCAGAAUCCUUAGAUGAUCUCUGCACGAAAGAAGAUACCGUUUGUCAUAACACAGAGGGUUCCUUCAAAUGUGUUCCACUCAAAAAGAGGGAUGUCAGUCUAAGCUGCCCACCCGGAUUUAAACGAAACCUCAUAAAUCAAGUCUGUGACGAUAUCAACGAAUGCCGCUCUCCACGACCACCAUGCCCGAAGUAUCUAUGUGAGAACACUAUCGGUGGUUACAAAUGUGGUGGUAAACCUGGCAAACCAUAUACUGAGGACGAUGGAGCACCCACUACGGAGUCCAGUAUCACUGUACCUACUGCGAAGAACGAUAUUUGCCCUCCGGGAUUCCGAGCUGGACCAGAUGAUGAAUGCCUCGACAUUGACGAGUGCGAAGAACGGUUGGACGAUUGCCAGCGACUUUCACAGCACUGCAUCAACACGCAUGGCAACUAUUUCUGUCAGGAUCACGUCUCGAAGCGGUGUGCUCCUGGUUUCAAGGUCAAUGUUGGUACUGGAAUUUGCGAAGAUAUUGAUGAAUGUGAAGAGAGUUCAGAGGUUUGCAAGCGGAACGAAGUGUGCAUCAAUCUGCCAGGAGCCUACAACUGCAAGUCAAAGAUUAGCACCCUACCAAAAUUAACAACAAGAAAGUGUCAAGAAGGAACUCGAGUAAGACCAGGAGGCACUAUUUGCGAAGAUAUCGACGAGUGUCGUGAAGGUAGUCACUUGUGUGAUCAGUUCCAGAACUGCAUUAAUACAUUUGGUGGGCACGAGUGUCGAUGUAAAAAUGGAUUUGAAUUGGAUUCCACAUCUGGAUCUUGUGUAGAUGUCGACGAAUGUGCCUUGAAGCUGGACAACUGCCAGGCAGGACGCCAGUGUCUAAAUGUAUUAGGGUCGUUCACUUGCACACGACGUACAUCUAGUAGCACCACUUCUACUACGGCGGUAGUACCCGUUUAUGAAUACGAGUACUAUGAUUCUGGCGAGGAAGAAAACACGGUCGUUCCAGAGCCACAAACAACUUCGACUACCACCUCGACUACGACUUCAACAACUUCAACUACUACCACACCACGACCAACCACCACCUCGAGCACAACCCCUAAACCUCACCAACCUACGCGAAGAUACCCUUACUUCAGACCAACGUUCCAACAAAGAACAACUUCUACAACAACACCUCCAGCGCCGUCCAGACGACCGUUUCCGGAAUAUUAUCCAAGAAGACCAGAACCGGGUACUUUUACAGAAGUAACAAGUACAACAGAAUCAAAUACGGUGGAUAAAGACAUUGAUUUUAAUCCCAACGAGCUCCACUGCCUGUACGGAUACGAGAGGAAUGAACGCGGGGAAUGCGUUGAUGUAAACGAAUGCUUGGAGAACAGGCACAUUUGUAGCGCACUAGAAGUAUGUAAAAACCGGGCAGGAGGUUAUGAAUGCGAUUGUAUGGCCGGCUUCACGAGAGAUCCAUCAGGUUGGUGCGUGGUGGCCACCACUUCCACUACUCCGAGGCCAAAGCCCACUACGCCUAGGCCUACAACACCCCCUAGGCCUACAACGCCUACGACAACAACCCUGAGGCCUACAACCACUAGAACUACAACACCUAGACCUACGCCAAGAAUGACAACUGCUGUAUCAGCAACAUCCACAACCACUCCCCGAGUGACGUAUACAGAAGUUACAACUGCAGCAUCAACGACUCCGGACUGGUGGCAUCAUCCAAGUCGUGGCCACUACAGUCCCCCACCGAAUUGCGAACUAGGUUACAUUUAUAGUCAAAGCCGUAGGAAGUGUAUAGAUAUUGACGAGUGUGCUACAAUGAGAGCCAGCUGCGGUGCUAAAGAAGACUGUGUCAAUACAGAAGGAGGAUACCGAUGUGUGUGUGGUCAGAGGUGUCAGGAAGCCGUCACGCCCACCUACAAUAAUCGCGAAUCAUCACCACCGUCUGUAAGCCCAGACUCAACCGUAAUAACAGUAGGCGCGCAGUAUGGCCAAACUGGGCCACGAUACUUAAGACCGACGUACUCACGUCUGCAUGACUCCGGAGCGGUUGUUACAACAUGCCCUUGGGGAUAUAAACUAACUCCAGAAAGAGUUUGCUUAGAUAUCGAUGAAUGCGAACGCAAUGUGUCCGAAUGCGGGCCUCAGCAGCGUUGUGAGAACUUCUACGGCGGCUACUCGUGCCAGUGCCCGCCAGGACACCGGAACAUUGGCAAGGACUGCGAAGACAUUGACGAAUGUAGUUAUGGAAAUACGUGUUCGUAUAACGCGCGAUGCGUGAACACAGUUGGAUCAUUCAAAUGCGAGUGCUCGGAAGGUUUUCGUAACGCACCGUCCAAUGACAAGGUGUGCGUUGAUGUGGACGAGUGUACUGAGACGCCGACGCUGUGUGAACAGAAGUGCGCCAACGCUUGGGGAGGGUACCGAUGUUAUUGCGACAAGGGAUUCCGACUACACAACAAUAGCAGGACAUGUGUUGACAUAGAUGAGUGUGAGGAGUUCAGUCGGUCCAGGUCCCGCGGGCGGCUGUGCGGCGGUCGCUGCGUGAACGUGGCGGGCUCCUACCGCUGCUCGUGCCCGGCUGGGUACCGUCUUGCUGACGAUAAGCGGACUUGCAUAGAUAUUGACGAGUGUGAAAACGGUGAAGCGAAGUGCAGUCAAGAGGAGGGUCAAGUAUGCCAGAAUACUCAGGGCGGGUACCAUUGCCAUCGCAUCGACUGCCCAAUCGGUUACCGCCUUGAAGGAAAACAGUAA